AUGGACGUCAUUUUAGACUUCGCAGCUGACCUAACCGGUCGACUCGCUAUCGAUCAAAAGAAGCGACAUCUAGGUUUAGACGUCAAAUCUGUGGCUCAACUGGAUCAGCAACUGAAUGAUUUCACUUUACCGAUAGCGAGUCCUUCGUCCUCGACUAGGCGCCAGUUUGACCAAGAAGGAACAAGGCUAUGGAAUACUUGCAUACAGCUCAUGACUGUCUAUAGAGACAGAAAAGAAGAAGUUGCCCUUGUGUGCAAAGUGAAGGCAUUCGCUUACGCGAUGUUGGAUUAUGCCGCACCAUAUCGAGGCAGGGGAAGCAACAGGACUUUAGAGACAGCAUUUAGCAUAGCAUCGACAUGCAUAGAGAAUGGUUGUCUCGACCUAAGCCAGAGGAUCAUUGAAAUUGCAGCUGUGCGGUUAGAUAAACUUGAGAAGUACGAAAGUGACAUUGAGGGCUCAAAGCUUCAACAGUAUACCAUAGAGUACUACAUGCUUCGUGUCUACUUGGCAUGGCUGCAGGGGAGACUCGACAUAGCAGAGCACUUGUUCUCAAAGAUACCCGUAUCAGACAAUGGCAGGGGUCAAGAUUGUGUCAUGGACAUAUGCUAUAAGAUCGGUAGCUGUGCGCUUUCACACAAGCAGUAUGAUGACUCUGUGAAGUGGUUAGAAAGGGCUUUGAGAGCAUGUGAGCUCGUAAGACAUAUGGACCAGUCGCCGGUCGUGUCAAUAAAGGAUAAAGAGCUACUGAUACUCCAUGAUUCUGUUCGUGCCGGUCUUCGUCUUGAUACCAAAGAGUCCAAUGGCUUUCUUGCUAAAGCCAUGGAUGCACUAAAAACUCAUUACGGUGGGAUGUUCCCAGUUCAGGUCAUUCAACUCGAGUUACUGGGCAAGGAAGAACUAGAUGAAAACGUCUUUUUGCAAGUGCUACGAAGAACCAUUGAAUCGCCUGAACUCAAAGAUUCAUACCUCACAAUCAUCAUGUAUUAUAUACAGAAGCUGCCUGUUACAUCCCCAGAGGUCCCCAUUAUGAUGCUCAAGCAAUUGCUCGAACAGGUUAUUCUUCUCCCAGAUAACGGAACUUCACUCGAGAAAGUGUUUAUAACAUUCGUACAUGGAUUGAUGCACUCGAAGAAAUGUGCAAAUACUAGCCUCGGAAUUUUCCAGGAGACAAUUGCCAGCUUAAGGAGGCAUUAUAAACAGCCGUUGAGUGAAGCGGCAACAGAAGCAACACUCAUCCUCAUCUGGAAACAUGUCAAUGAUGCGAGCUCGAAUAACGACAAAAUAGUAGCAGGCAAAUGGUGUCUUUGUUUGUUAGAAGAGCCAAUGUUUCGGAUGUCUUCUGCAAACAAGGCUAAGCUUUUUAGACAGUUUCUCAUGUGUACUUCACAUGACCCGAAUGCCUCACAAGCGAUUGAUAUAUUUAAUCGAAUGCCCGAAGAAUGCAGAUCAUGUCCGUCAACCUUGUACCUUAUGUAUACACGAAGCCUGCAGAGCAGCGAGCCUAUCGCAUCAAACAUAUACCUCGAGUCGCUCCUUGGGGACGCAAAAGCCAUUCCUUACCUCUUGUCAUGUGUAGUAGAAGCCUUCAAGCUUGGGAAGACUCAGCAGGGUCUGGAGGGUCUUGAGCAACUUCUUAAGUCCGCGAAGUGUCCUGGCGCAGAAGGAUACCAUGUCGGAAAACUGUUACAGUAUGGCUAA